CUAGACUCUGUGCAUGGCGGGGUAGGGUAUUCCUCCUGCCAACCGCAUCAUGGGCCAAAUGGGGUGGAGCGGGUGGAUUCAACUCUUCCUAUUGGCUGGGCUCGGGCGCGCUGGGCUCGGAAAACAUCGCGCCAAUGCUUCCCACUAUCCUUACGAGGAUUUGAUCUCUGAAACUGUGGCUUACUGCUAUACAGCAUUGGUGCGCGAUUCGGGAUGUUGCUUGGAUCAGAAGUAUGGCAAAGGUGUCCGGAAAAAGACAGUUCGGCGACCUGGUGUUGGCUGGCUUUGUGACAAAGCUUGCUACGACGAUACGAAAGGUUAUCGUGGCGAUGAUUUGCUGUGGAUCCCCGAGGGCGCCAGCUGCGAGUCUCCACGGCUCCUGUGGAUCCACGGCGGGAGUUGGGAGUAUGGUUCGCCUGACACCUUGUCCUAUGGCCAGCUGGCUUCGAAGAUAGCAGAGCUCUCCGGGGCGAUUGUCAUGGUGCCUGACUUCCCCUUGACUCCCGUGGGCGACUACCAUGUGAUUAUGCAAGCCCUCCUGGACGCCUUGCGCUGGUUGGCCGAGACACCCUUGAACCCUGAGCUUCAUUGCCCCAGCGGCUCCGCCCCACUGCUGGUCGGUGGCGACUCGGCGGGCGGCGGCACGGCUCUCUCAUUGAUUAUGGUGCUGAAGCAUGGGGCUGGAUGGAUUCCUGAAGGAGUUGCUAUCACUGAGCCGGAGACGCUGCUUCAGCAAGCGCAGAUCCUGGCUGGCGGCGUUUUCUUUAGCCCGUGGACAAACCUGAAAUGUGACACGCCGGACUACUAUUACAACGCUUUCGCCAAAAUUGUCGACAAGAAGGCCUUCAAAGAUCCCAGCUCGGGCAUUGCCUAUGUGGGGGAUUUGAUGUUCCGCGGGCAUCCCGAGGAAAACCUGGACGAGUUCACGGCCAAUGCCAAGAGUUACAUCGGGAGCAAUGUGGACCUUUUGACCGACCCCAUCGCUUCUCCUUUCUGGAGCACGGAGCAGGAAUUAGGAGGCGGGGGCAUCCCACCGCUCCUCUUCGCCGUGGGGGGAUCCGAGUCGAUCCUGGGAGAUAGCAUGAUCGUGGCGCAGAAAGCAGCCUUCUAUGGCGCGAGUGUCCAUGUGGAUGUGCAUGUGGGGAUGUGGCACGACUUCCCCAUGUAUUCCGAAGGCUGUGGCAGUGGCUAUGCACUUUGGCAAGCCGCUUUAGCCUUGAACCGCACGGCCACCUUCAUCCAGAAGGUCGCCUCCCGGAAGCUCACGGCCACUCGCCUGGGCUUGGUGUGGCCUCCCUCCAGCUCCACGCCCGGCACACCCAAGACCAGGUACAUCUACGACGUCACGCGGCCUGGGGCCGAAAAGUGGUUUCCGAAGUCUCUUUUGAGCCCCAUGAGCGGCGAUGUUCACUUUGAUGAGAUUCCUUGGCCGUCGACACCAGUGUCACCUGGAGUGAUGGACUUGAGCCCUUGGUUGCCAUGGUUGGUUCUCCUCUUGAUCUUUGCUUCGGGCCUGGCCCAAAUGACCUACGCCGACGCAGCGCAAGCACGGCUCGAUGCACUCAAGUCACUGCGACAGCCGCUCGUGGACGUUUGAGCAUCAAACACCAGAUUCAGUCAACCACGUCUUCAAUCAGGGCCCGGAGGCCCUUGGAAGAAUCAAGAGGUUGGGCGUUGUGAUUCCAGGGUAUGGUGAGCGGGCGCCUCUUCAGGCAUCCGCCAGUUUCGUUUUCCCUUGUACAGCUGGUUUUGGCGAUGGAGGCUGCCUCCACGUUUCUCAUGGCAGGUUUCGGGGACCAUCAUUCUGUUUGCCUUCCAUGGACACUGACAAAGGGGGCUCACAAGCGCAUGUGCGGAGGGAGCAACUUCCCAAAAGCCCAACCAAAAGCCCGACAGAGCAGGGCAGGGAAGUAAGAAGUACACUCCGACUCAGCAACAUGGACGUGGACACUGGGCCCCAAAAGAACUAUUUUUGCGCGACAAACAGGGGCCCAGGGGGGGUUGUUGGUGAGUGGGAAUGCAAGUGAAGAAACACCAACACCAACAACACCUUUGCAUGAG